AUGCAGUACACCUACAACUAUGAAGAAGAUGAGUACAUGACCCAAGAAGAAGAAUGGGACAGGGACCUACUCCUGGACCCAGCAUGGGAGAAGCAACAAAGGAAGACAUUUACAGCCUGGUGCAAUUCCCACCUCAGGAAAGCAGGCACACAGAUUGAGAACAUUGAGGAGGACUUCAGGAAUGGCCUCAAACUGAUGCUGCUCUUGGAAGUUAUCUCAGGGGAAAGACUACCGAAACCGGACAGAGGGAAGAUGCGCUUCCAUAAAAUUGCUAAUGUCAACAAAGCUCUGGAUUAUAUUGCCAGCAAAGGAGUGAAACUUGUGUCAAUUGGUGCAGAAGAAAUUGUUGAUGGCAAUGUGAAAAUGACACUGGGUAUGAUUUGGACUAUCAUCCUUCGCUUUGCUAUUCAGGAUAUUUCAGUGGAAGAGACCUCUGCCAAGGAAGGGCUGCUGUUGUGGUGUCAAAGAAAAACUGCUCCUUACAGAAAUGUGAACAUUCAGAACUUCCAUCUUAGCUGGAAAGAUGGCCUUGGAUUAUGUGCACUUAUCCACAGACACCGACCUGAUCUUAUUGACUACUCCAAGCUAAAUAAGGAUGACCCCAUAGGAAAUAUCAACCUUGCCAUGGAAAUCGCUGAAAAACAUUUGGAUAUCCCAAAGAUGUUGGAUGCAGAAGAUGUAGUAAACACUACCAGACCUGAUGAAAGAACCAUUAUGACUUAUGUUUCCUGUUACUACCAUGCAUUUGCUGGUGCUCAGAAGGCUGAGACUGCAGCAAACCGGAUCUGUAAGGUGCUUGCUGUGAAUCAAGAAAAUGAGAGGUUGAUGGAAGAGUAUGAGAGACUAGCAAGUGAGCUUUUAGAAUGGAUUCGCCGGACAAUUCCUUGGCUGGAAAACAGGACCCCAGAAAAAACAAUGCAGGCAAUGCAGAAGAAACUAGAGGAUUUCCGGGACUACCGCCGCAAACACAAACCUCCCAAAGUCCAAGAGAAAUGUCAACUGGAGAUCAACUUCAACACCCUGCAGACAAAAUUGAGAAUCAGCAAUCGACCAGCUUUCAUGCCAUCAGAGGGAAAAAUGGUUUCAGAUAUUGCCGGCGCUUGGCAGAGACUUGAGCAAGCUGAGAAAGGCUAUGAAGAGUGGCUGCUGAAUGAAAUACGAAGACUGGAAAGACUUGAACACUUGGCUGAGAAAUUUAGACAGAAGGCUUCCACUCAUGAACAAUGGGCAUAUGGCAAAGAGCAGAUCUUACUUCAGAAGGAUUAUGAAUCUGCUUCUCUGACAGAAGUCCGUGCCAUGUUAAGGAAACAUGAAGCUUUUGAGAGUGAUUUGGCUGCUCACCAGGACAGGGUGGAACAGAUCGCUGCCAUUGCCCAGGAGCUGAAUGAACUGGACUACCAUGAUGCUGCAAGUGUCAAUGAUCGAUGCCAAAAGAUAUGUGACCAAUGGGACAGCUUGGGAACACUUACUCAGAAACGGAGAGAGGCACUGGAGAGGACGGAGAAAUUGCUUGAAACAAUUGAUCAGCUUCACCUGGAGUUUGCCAAAAGAGCUGCUCCUUUCAACAACUGGAUGGAAGGUGCUAUGGAAGACCUACAGGACAUGUUUAUUGUUCAUAGCAUAGAGGAAAUACAGAGUUUAAUCUCUGCACAUGAUCAAUUUAAAGCUACUUUGCCAGAGGCAGAUGGUGAAAGACAGGCCAUACUGUCAAUCCAGAAUGAAGUUGAAAAAGUUAUUCAGAGUUACAGCAUGAGAAUAAGCGCAAGCAAUCCUUACAGCACUGUUACUGUGGAAGAGAUUCGUACCAAGUGGGAAAAGGUGAAGCAGCUGGUGCCUCAGAGGGAUCAAUCCUUGCAGGAGGAACUAGCCCGCCAGCAUGCCAACGAGCGCCUGCGUCGCCAGUUUGCUGCUCAGGCCAAUGUCAUUGGGCCAUGGAUCCAGACCAAGAUGGAGGAAAUUGCCCGCAGCUCUAUUGAAAUGACAGGGCCUUUGGAGGACCAGAUGAAUCAGCUGAAGCAAUAUGAGCAAAAUAUCAUUAACUAUAAACACAACAUUGACAAACUGGAAGGAGAUCAUCAGCUUAUACAAGAAGCCUUGGUGUUUGACAAUAAGCACACCAACUAUACUAUGGAGCACAUCCGUGUUGGAUGGGAGCUCCUACUUACCACCAUUGCUCGAACUAUCAAUGAGGUUGAGACUCAGAUCCUCACAAGAGAUGCCAAGGGUAUCACCCAAGAACAAAUGAAUGACUUCAGAGCAUCAUUCAAUCAUUUUGACAGGGAUGAAUCUGGCAAUCUACACUCUGAUGAAUUUAAAGCCUGCCUCAUCAGUCUAGGACAGGUUGGAAAUGACCUGCAGAGGAAGAAUGGACUGAUGGACCACGAUGAUUUCAGAGCUUGCCUGAUUUCAAUGGGUUAUGAUUUGGGUGAAGCUGAGUUUGCCCGGAUCAUGUCUCUGGUUGACCCCAAUGGACAAGGAACUGUUACUUUCCAGUCCUUCAUUGACUUCAUGACCAGAGAAACAGCAGAUACAGACACGGCUGAGCAAGUGAUAGCUUCCUUCAGAAUCCUGGCUUCAGAUAAGCCUUAUAUCCUCGCAGAUGAGUUACGUCGAGAGCUGCCUCCUGAGCAGGCUCAGUACUGCAUCAAGAGAAUGCCUCCAUACACUGGCCCAGGUUCUGUUCCUGGGGCUCUGGAUUACACCUCAUUUUCAUCAGCACUGUAUGGAGAGAGUGACCUCUGAUUCUGUAAUUGGCUGUAUUCAUAGUAAACACAAAAAAUACCCACCUGAUUGCCCAGAUUGCUUCUCAAAAGGUUUGACAAGCUGAUUUAAAAAUGAGUUUUACAAAUGCAGUAGGUAUCUUCAGUGUAAAGUGCUAUUACUAAAGCAACUAGUGAAUAUUAAUGUGUGCAGCACGCUAGAUUACUGCAUUGUUGGUUUUAGGUUGUCUGUCCUAUACAAUGCUAGAAAAUAUUAUAAAAAAGAAAAAAGAAAAAAAAAAGGCAAGAUACUGACUUUGGAAAUGUCCCUUAAGAAGAUAGAAUGUCAGGCCUAAGAACAUUGAAACUUUCAAUUGUUUAGACUCACAAAAUACUUCUCCAUUUUCAGAAUGCCACAUGUGCUUCUUUUACGAUGUUCAUAAAACUAUGUUAAAGUCAUGCUUUUUUCUUUCAUAGAGCAAUGUUAUUUUCCUCUUAUGAUUUCUGAUUUUAUAUGCUU